UGGCUUCAAUGCGAUUUUACUGCUUACAUUAAAGACGUGACUUUUACAUAUAUAUUUGUAUAUAGUAGAGAAGUACUGACUUAGGAUGGAUUUGACAAUAUGAUUUAUGCAUGUUUAGGGCGGGGAGGAGAAUGUAGCAUUUACAGGAGUAAGAACGUCUUUGAUAAUGAUAUAAUGGAAGAUUCAUAAGCCGGUUAGAGCCACAUUUAUCUGUUUAACAAAAUGGUUUUUAAGUGGAUAUGAACAGAAGUGGUCAUUCCGUACUCUGGUCCAAAUUGUGUGGCUUGACUUUCGCUUGCCAUCUGAAAACAAUUUAAUUGCUACCAGUCAAUCAGCGAUAGGGGAUACCAGUUGGUCAAUACUAAUUCGAGACUUAUCGUUUACUACUGAUUGGCUGAUUGGUCCUCUCUCUCUCUCUCUCUCUCUCUCUCUCUCUCUCUUCUCACUUUAUCUUUCGCAUUCAGCCACUCUCUUGCUGAACAAUUCGAGACUAUCGUCUACUGAUUAGUCCUCCCUCGCUUUCUCUUCUUUUCCCUCUUGAAAGUUCUCACCCAGGCUUGUUCAGGGUCUCCUCUCUCCGAUCUCGCACCUCUCUUCGCAUCACAGCUCGCGGGAGUCUAUAGGAGAUGUGGGGUGGCUGCUGAACAGCAGUGGAGGGUCUUCUAUUCUCUCUUUUGGAGACGUUGUAGCCUGUUAACAGGUAUGUCCCCAGCUCAGAUUUUGACUUCGGUGAAAGAAGAAAGCCCUUUGUUUUGGACUUUAGAUGUGGCUAAUCCUAUGAUGGCCUUGCUUUUUGAUUGUUAGUUGCAUUGUAAUUCGGUAUUUGAUCUUUUGUUGAACUAGAACGAGCAAGUCUGCAAGCGCGCUAGACUCUAUUGCGAGCAAAAUUGCCACAUUUCGAUUGAAUCCAUAGACCAUUAUUUUUUAUGUGUUGUGAGGUUUCUCUGUGUUUGAAGGUCCUAGAUCAAUUUAUAGAAAAAUAAAACAUAAAAAUAAAAGUAGGCCACUUCCAGGGUCGACUAGUUUGGUUCUCGGUUACAAAAACGGAGAACCGAUUAUUACAGAAUCAAUUCCCGAUUCUUAGGUUAGAACCUACUCAUCCUGAAACCGAUCAUCUUAAGAGUAAGUCUUCUCUUAAGGAGAUUUCAUUUGACAAUUUUACCUCCCUACAGAACAUUCCAAAUGAGUAAUCUUCUUAAGAUUUUUUACAUGAUAUCCAAUAGUAAGAAAAAAAAAACCUAUUUGAUCUUAUGACGCACACAUGAAAACAAUCAAAUAAAUCAAGCCAUACAUGCAGAGUAGGAGAUUCACCAAGCUUUAUAUCACUCAUUUCUUACACCUCUUUUGUUACAAACAGUAAAUUCAUUCUUCAAAACGUGACUAAUCAAUUUAACCUGACUUAUCACAAAUUUAGCCGAUAGUCCUAUUCUACUUCCAUUUAAUUGGAUAAAAAAAAUCUUUAUGGUGAUAUUCUCAAGGUGUGCCCUCCAACAAAAAUGGGGACAAGCACUCAACACCAUUGUUUCAAACCUUGGUCGUCUCUGAAUUUUCCUUAGCAGCUUCCUUUUUCUUCCUUUCUUAUCUUCUUCUCCUCCUUACAUCGAAUCAAUACCUAAUUUCUAAUCGUUCAGACUAACAUGGAGAAAGGGCAAAGUUAGAGCAACGCAAACAUAGAGAUGCACCGUCUCAUUUCAGGUUGUUCCUUUGCGGUGCUUCUUGCGUCUCUAUCCUCGUAUUCACUAAUCUCAAUAAGAAGAAAAAGAGUGCAUAAAAAGAGAGAACUGAGGGAGCAUCCGCUCCUCCGUUUGGUGCCAUCUAAUAAAUUAUAGCUCUAUUUUACAGACAAGAUAUCAAUCAACUCUUUAGAUUUGAAAAUUUGAAAUGAAAGGCUCGGUGAUAACAUACCAGUUCAAAAUAAAUUCAUUUCACAUGGAAUGGUAGCAUGUGGUGCCGGCGUGGAAUAGAUAAAACAUAAAAAAACCACGAGCAUUUGUUUAUCUGAACCUCACAUUUCCAACUUCAUUAAGAAUAUGACAAUUUUAAACAAGAUUAAAAUAUAAAAUCACAUCCACAAUUACUAGUUCGGUCCUUUCUUGACGUCUUUCACACAUUUCUAAUUCCGUUUCAAAUCAAUUAUUAUCUUUUGAUUGAUAUAUAAAAUUCUGAUUUUCAAUAACCAAAUAAAAACCGAACGUAUGCUUAUAUUUUUAAUUGAAUGCAAUAUACUAAUUCUAGUUCUUUAUAGCCAAAAUGAAAAAUUAAUGUACACGUUACUCGUGAGUGGAUCAAGCCAACAAGUUUGACUUGAAUAAGGUGAGGUCCAAAAGAAGAUAAGGCGAUGACUAAAAGCAUAUGCAACUGCUCCUUGUCCAUCAAUUACCAAUUAAUUAAAGAUUUCAUGUUCAUUUUUUCUUGCGUGGUAACAGAUUCAUGUUCAUACUUGUUUGUAGAGAUUAGUUCAUCGAUCCUUUUAUGCAGCAGAAAAGCAUCUUUCGUUCCAACUUUCGCCCUUAGAUUGCCAUGCACAAAGGGUAGAGUGAGAGAGAGAGGAAAAUUGAUAACACUUCAUUCUCUUUUUUUACUUUUAAUUUGUGUUCAUGAAGGUUUCUAUGUGUCUUGAAUUCAUAAUUCAAAAGCCUUUUGGACGUUACCUCUAAAUAUUGCUGCUUUCUUCUAAAAGUAAGCCCGUACACUUCAUUCCCUUCUUUUCUAUGUUUUUUUUCCUAAAUCAUCUUUUAUUUUUUGAAUAUUUCGCAUACUUCUUUUUUCAUUGGUUUACUGACUUUUCAAGAGUUGAAUGAUAUGCCAACAAAAUUGUAAUAAAAAAAUGACCCGGAAAAGAACUCAAGGACUGUGUCCAAGUAUUUCAUAUAUCAUUAGUAACUUAUUACUAGUGUGUUAUGCUCAUUUGGUGUCAUUUAACAAAUUAUAGCUCUAUUUUGCAAACAAUAUAUCAAUCAAUAAUAAUAUAAAUUUGAAAGUUUGAAGUGAAUAGCUUGGUAACAUCAUAUCAUAGAUUCAUCUUAUAUAAAAUUAUUGGCAUGUGGGGCCAGCAUGAAAUAGAUAGGAGAGAAAUGACAACGACCAUUUGUUCAAUUCUACCUCACAUUUCCAACUUCAUUAAGAAUAUGACAAUUUUAAAUAAAAUUAAAAUAUGAAAUCACCGAAUUUGAACCAAUAAAAGAAGUGAAGCAACCGACCCCAAAACGAAUAGAGAAGCAACAUUCACACAAAAAGAGAAAAGAACAUGAGAGAGAGAGAGAGAGAGAGAGAGAGAGAGAGAGAGAGAGAGAGAGGAAGCAAGAACAAAGACGGUCUAAGAUUGAUUGAAGUUAAGCAAGAGGGACAGUACCGUGUUCCAAGUCAUUGGAAGAGUGAGGAACGUAUCAGCUUGUCAGGAAAGCUCAAGUUUUCUUGGAGAAAUAAGGCCAAGAGGCCUUUACACUUUUAGCAAUUCCUUGUUUUCUUUAUUCGGAAAAAAAAAUCAAGUGAAGGUUUUGUCGGGCAAUCCUUAAAGACCACAAAAAUUCAAAGACUUUGGACAUUCUUUUUUCAUCAUUGAUUUUUGUGAGCGAUCAUGUUACUAAAGGUACUACUAACAAUUCAUGUUGUGUCAUGUUAAUUUUGUCAUGACGAGUUAGGAUAUAACACGAAUAUGGCAAAACCCAAAUAAGAUGCGUUUAGUAAACGCAUUGAACUGCCACAAUACGAACACGACACUUAAUAAAGCAGAUCAGACGACACAACACGACAAAUGAAAUUAUUAAACGUGUCACCAUAUGAAUGUCAACACGACACCAUGCAAUAUGCUAACUUGUAUACAUGCAAAAAGAUGCAACACAUUGCAUUACAUUUAAAGAAAGUGCAAAAUUGCUUCGCUUGAUAUUCCAAUUACAAGUGAGACGCAAACUUUUGUAUUAAUAUUAACCCUAUGUAAGAGCCAUAAAAUUUUAUCUCACAAAAAGCCCCAAAUUUCGAAAUACUAAAGCCAUAAAUUUCAGAAUCUAAAAUUAAGAGCAAAAAAACAAGUAGACCAUGAAAGAAGAGAGGGAAAGCUAAACUUCCUCGAAAUAUGUUUGGACACAUGUUGGGUGGAAAUGAUGUAAAUGGAACUUAAUUUCAUUGAUAGACUUAAUUAUCCUUCAUUCUAUUCAUCCUUAAAAAGGAAGUAAGGCCACUUUUGGAAGAAAAGUGCAAUUUUUGCAUUUCCUCUCAUAUCUAUGCACUUUUAGAAAGAUAUAAAAUGUGGACCCAAAAGGAAGUAUUUCCUUUUCAUUUAGAAUCAUUUUUAUCGACUUCCUUCAUAAUUUAAACAGUUGAGCAAUUGAAAAUUUUUCCUCGUUUAAUAUUUAAGCUUUAGUUAAUUUUAUAUAUGAACUAUGCCUAAAACUUGAAACCCACCAAAUUAAAAACGUGAUUGAUGGAAAUUUCCUCCAAUUAGGAAAGUGCACGCAUCUAGAGGAUGAGGUUUAUUGGGCAACAAUUAAUUGGCACUGGGAUUAAACAGAAGGCAUUGUGAAAAUGAGGUUCCUACAUAAUUUCAAUAUCUUGAAAUAUCAUAGAUGUGCGUGAAGUUACAUAGUUGUUCGAAUGUGUUUUAAGGAAGUUUACUAAUUACACUUCGAUCUGUUUAAAUACUUGAAUGUGUUUCAACUAUGUGUUUCUGAACAAGUAAAUGAUGUGGGCUUUUUGGGGGCCUCUUUAGGGCCACCUUAUCUUCCGCAGUGAAACGACAUCAGCUUACUUAACUGAAGGCCGCAUCUUCAUUACCUAUCUCUUUCUCAAGAACACGAACCUUCUUCAGCAUUGCCUCGGGGAGAAAUAAACCUACACGUUAUUCGGAGUGGACCAAGCCAGCAAAGCAUUUGCAAAAAAGCAUCCUAAAAGCAUCUUUCGUUGUUCAUCAAUCCUUUUGAGCAGCAGAAAAGCAUCUUUUCGUUUCAAAUUUCGCCCUCAGAUCACCAUGGGCAAUGGGCAGAGUCAGAGAAAGAGAGCAGAGGAAGAGAUCACUGAGGGAGCAUCCACUUCUUCGUUCAUCUCCCCGGUACUCACAGGACAAGGUGACGAUCAAUACGACGUAUUCUUGAGCUUUAGAGGCUCAGAUACUCGCAAGAAAUUCACCGAUCAUCUCUACCAUAGACUGGUCAGCGUAGGGACUGUACCUCUUUCCGUGUUCAAGGAUGAUAACAGCAUCCCAAUUGGCGAGGAAUUUGGUUCACAGAUUCUCGGUGCCAUCUCACGGUCUAAGAUUUCAAUCCCCAUCAUCUCCAAAAAUUAUGCUACGAGCAAAUGGUGCCUCCGUGAACUCAUUCAUAUGAUGGACCGUAAGAAUAGCAUGUCACACAUAGUGUUGCCAAUUUUUUAUGAAGUGAAACCAUCAGAUGUGCGGGAUCUAAAAGGAAGUUUUGGGGAGGCCUUCCGUUUGAGCCAGGCGCGUUUUGAGGAGAAGGAUAUCAAGGAAGGGCGACAAGCCCUUAAUGAAGUCAGUUACUUAAAUGGAUGGGAAUCUGAGAAAUUUGCCGACGGGCAUGAGGGAAAAUUAAUAGAACGUGUGGUUGAAACUGUUAUAAGUAAGUUACAGGAAGAUUUUCAGCUGGAUGUGCCUAAGCAACUAAUUGGACUUGAGGGUCGUCUUGAGGAAAUUAUGAAUUGGGUGGACAGUCCUUCCAUCCGUGCUCGAAUGAUUGGAAUUUAUGGCAUGGGCGGGAUAGGCAAGACAACUCUUGCCAAGCACAUCUACAAUCAACUCUCAAAUAAAUUUGUGCAUAUCAGCUUCAUUCUAGAUGUUCGAGAAACUACCAGGUGCCACGGUAUUACGUAUUUACAGAAUCAACUUAUAUCGGAUAUACUACGAAGCAAAAGUCAAGUGUCUAGAAUUGAUGAUGGAAUUAACAUAAUCAAAUCUAGAUUCAAAGGAAAAAAGGUUCUCAUUCUUCUCGAUGAUAUAGAUGACAAGAAUCAACUGGAUGCGCUGGCUAGGGAACAAAAUUGGUUUAUGGCAGGUAGCAUGAUCAUUGUUACAACUAGAAAUAAAGCUGUUCUUGAUCAAUCUGAAUUCGAGGUAGAAUACAAGUAUGAAUUGAAUGGAUUGGAUGAGGUGCAUUCUUUGCUUUUGUUUAACAAACACGCAUUUCGUACGGACCAUUCUUCAAGGGACUUUGAGGGUAUAUCUCGUGAUAUCACAUCCACCAUGGGCGGGCUUCCCUUGGCACUUAAGGUUGUAGGUUCAUACUUGUAUAAAAAAACGGAUCGAAAAGUAUGGGAAGAUGUGCGGAAGCAAUUAAAAAGCCAACCACAUAGAGAUGUCCAAAAAAUAUUGCGAAUAAGUUAUGAUGCAUUAGAAGAUGGACAUAAGCAGAUUUUUCUCGAUAUUGCUUGUCACUUUAUUGGCCAAAUUAGCAAUUAUGCCAUGUACAUAUGGGAGGACGAUAGGCUUUAUCCAAGUCAAGGAAUUGAAGAGUUGAAGUUGAGAUGCUUAAUUAAAAUUGGAGAUGGUGGUUGGUUUGAGAUGCAUGAUCAAUUGAGAGAUCUUGGAAGGAGCAUUUUUUGCGAAGGACAACUGCUUGACAAACGUAGCGGACCAUGGGACAACAACUACAAGGGAACCUCAAAAAUACUAAGCAAUCAAUGGGGACGCUGCUGGUUCCAUGACUUCUUGAGGGGAGCUUCAAUCGGAGACUCCAACGAACUCCUUUCUGAAAUAAGAUGGCUUCAGUGGGAGUUCGGGGAAGACGAUCCGCCUCUUCCGACGACCGGUUUGCAUCUACUGAACUUAUCGGUACUGGAAUUGGGCGAGAACCACAUCACAGAGGAUUGGGAAGGAUGGAGGAGUUCAUUCAUGACGGCAAAGCGGCUACUAGUUCUCGACCUUACAUGGUGCAGUGGUUUAAGAUGUACUCCUGAUCUCUCGGCUUUUACGCAGUUGAAGAUCCUCAUCUUGAGAUAUUGUUCCAGACUGGAGCAUCUCCACCCUUCUAUUGGCAAACUCAAGAGUCUUGUUUCCUUGGACUUGAGUGAAUGUAAAAGACUGAAGGGGCUACCAGAGGAAGUGGGCGAAUUAAUAGAUUUAGAAGAACUUCUAUUAUAUGAUAGUGGUAUUAUAGAGAUCCCUACGUUUAUUGGUUCUCUGAGGAAGCUGAAGACACUGAACACCUACGGGUGUGAGUCACUGAGAGAAAUCUCUAGCUCAAUUGGGGAUUUAAAGAAUUUGCAAUUUCUGGACGUCAGUUAUUCUCGGCUUGAAAAGCUUCCCAAUUCUAUUGGGGAUCUUUGUUCUCUCCAGCGCCUUGAGCUGCAUCGCUGUCACAAGCUUCGGUCGCUGCCGCGGCUUUCUAGCCUAAUCCACCUAGAAAAACUCCGUCUUUGGGAAUGCCAUCUACUUGAAGACAUCUCCGAGCUUCCCUCGAGACUCUUGAAACUCUAUAUUUGGCUGUGUCGUAAGCUGAUAUUGCUUAAGCUCGAUGGAUUGAAGAACUUGGAAACAUUUUCAAUAAAAGAUUGCAGUUCAAUUGAAAGAUUGGACCUUUCACAGUUAAUUCGUCUGAAACGAUUAUGUGCUGCAGGUUGCGAUAACCUAGUUGAAAUUCAGGGCCUUGAAAAUUUGGAGUUCUUGGAGCGCAUAUCUAUAUUUGAUUGCAAUUCCAUUGAAAGGCUUCUCUGUCCAGAAUCAACGUGUUUGAAGGAAUUAGUGGCUGUCAGGUGCAACAAUCUAGUCAAAAUUCGAGGUCUUGAUGGUGCGAAGUUCUUAGAAGCGUUGAAUGUUACAGGAUGCGAAUCAAUGGAGACUUUGCCAGAUUUGACGGGAUGUGAGAGGUUACAAUAUCUAGUAGUUCGAGAUUGCAAGAAACUUACUCAGCUUCGGGGACUUGAAAAGUUGGAUUUAAUUGAUUUGAAUAUCUCUGGUUGUGACUCAUUGGAAGCAAUACCGAAAUUAUCCGGAACAUGCCUCUUUAGAAAUUAUGAAGGACGGCUAUCUUACUACUUAUUGAAUGAUCAUUCCUCAACAGAGAGUGAUUGAUGUUUCCUCAACAGAGGUAAAUAAGAAGUGAACAAUCAUUUUUCUUCUGAGAUUCAUGACCUACUUUUCAUCACUAUCUCCUUUUGACAAGAAGGUUUCCCAUUCUGUACUUUCCUAAAUUGCUUGUCUAACAUGAUUGAAGGAGUGGGGGAGUUGGUCAUAGAAGCUGACAUGAUGCUUCAGCCAAGAUCAAAAUUUAGACCCAAAUGUCAACAGAAGGCAUUGGUCAGCUAGUAAGAUUCUUCAUCCUCGAACGGCCAACGUGAACGAAUAGAGUAAUACUUUUCUCGAAGCUCUAUAUUUUAAGAAUGAUUUGCUCCACACUGGGUAUCUAUUUGAUUGAUUUUGGAAACUCCGGAUUUGCCUACAUAUUACGUUAUAUCAAUGUUUUUCAUUUAUCCUUCCAUUGGCAGCUUUUGUAGACUGCGAACGGAUUAGCGGCUUGUGAGGCAAGGAUGAAAAUAUCAAACAUAGAUAAACAAGAAUUCCCUAGUGAUUUACAGUUUCCCUCUCUGUAAACCCGGGAUUUGAAAUUUUCUUCUAGAGGCUGAUGAUCUUCUGCCACUCAAUAUUGUAAACUACACCCCAGAUUUUCCCUGUCCAAAAUUCAUAUUUUCUUUGAAAAAUCCUUGGCCAUUUUGAGUUCCUUUGUGAGUUGCCUUGUGUCAAAUUUGACUAAUGGCAUAUGUCCUGUUUGGGACAAAGGCCAUUCGGUUUUUCGUGAUAAACAAAAACCCAGUCAAGUUUCUUAAUGUUCCCUUUAUGUUCCUCUUGAACCUUCUAAGAAGGGCUUCAAUUCCCAGUAAGUAUGAUGAACUGAGCUAAAAUAAAAUAUAAGGUUCAAGUGUUUCUGGUUGGUGAUAAAAAAAAAUGUUAAAGCAGUUUUGGCUAGUCUGUCAUAUAUGAAUGUACACCCCCUUAACAUUACCAGUAGUCAAACUGUUGUUUUGAAAUAUUAUCAAGCAAGGUAAACUAGUGUUGCUGCUUCUGUGACAGGUUUGGUUGGUCUAUGUAAUGAUCAAGGCUUACUUUGGGACUUCAAUUCAAUCAGCUGUAUUGAUGACCUUUUGCAUAAUUGGACAAUUUUUUGCCCAUCUGUGAAACAAGCUAGGGCAAGGAGCUCAAGAAUUUGCUAAUUAGUUUACAUCCCAUUUGAUCCUAUUGUUGUCAUGAAAUUACUUUUCACAUGACUGAUUUGGGUGUGGCUCACUUGGCUGAGAAACUUCAAAUUCCAGACUUGAGACCAAUCAAAAUGAAGAAAAGGGAUUUUGCAGAGGAAGCAUCAGCAACAGCUGA